AUGUCGGGUUAUGAUUAUUAUCCGCAAUAUGGUUACAAUGACGACGAAUCACCUCCCCCGUAUUCCGACGAGGAGAUGAUGGACGCACCCGAGUACUACCACCGGUAUUCUGACGAAGAUGACAAUGAGGAUGAACAAGAUCGAUCAGUUAGACCUAAACCUAAGAGGGCACCGGCCGCCGGUAAACCCGUUCCGAAGAAAUGCAGAACAUGCGGGAACGCCGGCCACGAUUCUAGAAAUUGUGCCAUAAACAAGGGAUUCGCAGGGAAAGAUAAAAAGCCGAAGCAGACAGCAGCUCCACCCCCGCCCCCUCCGCCUCCACAACCGGUACAAAAGAAGGCACCGAAACCUUCAAAGCCCGCGGAAGAAAAGGCAUGUGGCGCAUGUCGAGAAACCGGUCAUGAUAGGCGGGGUUGCCCUAAGCUUCUGGGUGCACAGGGGCAACAGAAACAGGAAGAAGUGGUAGCUGUUGUUAAGAAGUUUAUGGAGACUAUGGCUGGUGCUGUAGCGUCACCGGCUCCCGCCUCAGCUAAGGCAAAAUCAAAAGCGAAGAAGGAAGCAGCUCCUGUGGAAACUAGUGCGCCGAAGAAACAGACAGCAAGAAAGACGGUGGCACCACCAGCGGCUUCUAAGUUAAAAGCUUCUGCGGGGUCAUCGGCCGCCGCAGCAAAACCACGCAAGCCCCAAACAGCCAAACAGUCUAAAUCCGCCAACCCACUAGGCGCCAGCGGAUCCCGGGGCGGGGCUGGAAUAACAAAAAAAUCCGGUGUAGCAAAAAAAUCUGGUGAAACGGCGGCCAAGAAGAAGAAAGCGCCAGCCGCUAAUAGUGCGAAUGUUGCCAACAGAGGGAUCAAUUUUACUAUCAAUUGGGGCUGA